AUGCUGCGCCGGGCCUUGGCCUUGUUGAUGCGCCCUUGUUUUCUCCCCGGCAGCGCCAGUGGUGACAGCGGGAACAUGUUCUACGCGGUGCGCAAGGGCAGGAGGACGGGGGUGUACCGCACAUGGGAGGAAUGUAGAGAGCAAGUUGACAAAUACCAAUAUGCGAGUUUCAAAAAAUUUGCCUCAGAGGAAGCUGCUUGGGACUUUGUAAAUGGCGAGUCAUCACAAUCAGCAAGCACAUUGGCGGGAGAUGCAAGGAAUACAGAUGCAUCACUACCUGGUGACCCUGAAGUUGUUACUGAAGGUAUCAGCAGUGUGGCUAAUGAAAGGCCGAGAAAUGAUACUUAUGCUAAUAAAGCUAAGUUCUGGUCAGAUUAUAGCUCAUACAAGAGACCGAAUGAAGAGCCCUCAGAAAGCCACCAGAAGAGAAAACGUACAAAAUACACUGAAGUGCCUUGCACAGCUUCAGGGAACAAUCUCUCAUAUAUGGGAGACUAUACAGUUGUUUAUACAGAUGGAUGUUGUUCAAGUAAUGGGCGUCAUAAAGCACGUGCUGGAACAGGUGUCUAUUGGGGACCUAGUCAUCCUCUAAAUAGUAGUGAGAGACUUCCUGGGCGGCAGACUAAUCAAAGAGCUGAAAUACAUGCAGCGUGCAAAGCUAUAGAGCAAGCAAAGAGCCAAAACAUCAAGAAACUGGUUAUCUAUACUGACAGCAAGUUCACCAUUAAUGGUAUAACAAACUGGGUUCCAAACUGGCAGAACAAUGGUUGGAAAACCAGCACAGGGAAAGAUGUAAUAAACAAAGAGGACUUUGAAAGACUUGCUAAGGUUUCAGAAGGCAUGGACAUCCAAUGGAUGCAUGUUCCAGGUCAUGCUGGAUUUAUGGGAAAUGAAGCAGCUGAUCAUCUAGCAAGAGAAGGAGCUGGAAAACCCCUGUCAUAGCAUUUUGGAAUUACAGAGUUCAUUUUGAGUUCUCUGGCAAUGAUAAGAAUAUGGGCUUGUUAACCUGUGACAACAUUCUAGUUAACACAAGUUCUUGUUGCAUCUCCACCCAGUUUUGUUUGCAUU